AUGGAACUAAAAAGAUUACAGGACCGUCGACGUUUUCUCAUUGUUUCUGUAUUCGACUUCUGUUUCAUCGUUCUUCUCUGGCUGAUUUGUACGGUGACCAAAGAUAAUGAUUGGGCGACAGUAUUUCUGCGUGAAAUCAAUAUAUUUGAUCCACAUUUUUUGAAAAAUUCACUCUUCGAUAUUGUUAUAAUAGCGAUAUGUCGUAUGUUGAUAUUAGUGUUUUCAUAUGCUGUUUUAUUGGUUGAUCAUUGGAUCCCAGUGGCUGUUACGACAGCCAUCACAACACUUUUCCUCGUUAUCAAGGUGUUGUUUUUCUUUUCACGUGAACAAGGUUCACUGCCUCAAUAUUUGGUGAUAUUGAGUUCGUUUACGGUGGCGUGGUUUGAGCUGUGGCUGGUGCCUUUUCGGGUUCUACCCCGUGAAAGGCGUCAACUGAUCGCACCUCAAGCGGAAACGCCCCAACCGAGCAGAAUUGUCGGCGAACGUCGAGCCACAGAUGAUGAAUUUCGUUCGGCAAUGGAAUACUCAUCAGGUUCGGAUGCGGAUGACGAUAAGGUAGCGUCGACCAUAUUGCAUGGCAAAGUCUAUUCGAAAGCUGAAUAUGUCGAUGCGGUAGAUAAAGCCGAAGAGAAUGCGAGGCAACAUUUGAGACAGGCUGCAUCCUGGCGGGUUAUCUGCAGAGAUAAUCCAGAAAUUCGUUAUUUUGAUCGAGAACGGGUCUAUUAUGUUCGAUCUGAGAUUCAGUGUUCUCCUAAGUCGCUGUUCAUGGCCAUUUGGAGGGAUAAUCAGAUGUUCAAUAAACAAGUUACUGAAAUGAAGGUAAUAUUACAUAUUGAUUCAAAAACUGAAUUGUUGUAUUCAGUGACGGCGCCUGCGUUACGUGGCUAUAUUGCAUCAAGGGACUUUUUGGAUGUUCGUCGAAUAAAUUUGGACACAGAAAAGGAAAUUUAUGAAGGAUGGUAUGUGUCGGUGGAUUCAUCAAUUUUACCGCCGAAUGCCACCAAGAAAACCGUUCGAGGCUUCAAUGGACCAAAUUUGAUACGUGUCACAAAAUCAGAGGACUCACCAAAUACAUCUGUAUAUGAGUGGAUUAUGUCGAGUGAUGUUAAGGGUGAGAUACCGAAACGACUCAUCGAAAGGACAAUGAGUUCAUUCCUGGUUGAGUACAACAAAAAUCUUCGUAAUUUUAUCCGCGAUCGAUCGGCUGAUUAUCCUUAA